CGAGAGGUCAGCCUCUCACACGCACAUCUCUGCCGUCGCAAAACAGGUGCGCAAACGCGUCGCCAUCGCAACGCCUGACCGUAGCACUCGCUCCCCAGCCCCCACGCACCCUCUGCACCCCCCUGCACAGCUUUGCGCGUUGAAAAGCGCGUCGGACGCGCAGUUUGGUGCACAAACACCACUGUCGCCCGAAUUCGCUGCCAAAGGGGGGCGCACGGCGCGCCGCCGCCACCGAGAGACCGCCACGCGCGCCGCGCACCAUGCGCACCGCUCUCACGCAACCUCUCCGCGCAGUCAAUCACAAAAAUGGCCAAGCUCGCUCUCGCCCUCGCCCUCGCCCCGGCCGUCACGGCCUUCGCGCCCGUCGCGGCCCCCAAGGCCUCGACGCAGCUCCAGGCCUCGAUCCAGGACACCCUCGCCACCAUGGAGGGCCCGGAGAUCUUCUGGGGCUCGGACGGCGUGCUCCUCGGCCACGACGAGGCCGACAUCAAGGGCUACGACAACUUCGACCAGCUCGCGGCCGCGCUCUCCAAGGAGGGCGUCGACCUCUCGGGCGGCGAGUACACGCUCCUUGCGCCGGCCAACUCGGCCUUCGACAAGCACAACAACGAGGUCGGCACGCCGAUCACGGCUGACGUGCUCAAGUACCACGUGAUCGAGGGCAAGAAGACGAUGGACGCCCUCAACACGGACCAGAAGACGCUCAACGGCGGCACCCUCACGGCGUACCGCAAGUUCCGCAAGAACUGGCUCGACGGCGCCAUCAUCGGCCUCAAGUCCGAGGGCCCGUCCAAGUCCUCCAACUGGCCGUCGGACGUCGAGUGCGACAACGGCAUCAUCCAGGCCAUCGACACGGUCCUCGUGCCGGGCGCCUACGAGGGCCCGCGGUAAGCGCGCAGUGCGGCUCUGGCAUUUGCCGGAUUGACUCGCGCUCGAUGUACCAUUAAGUUUGUGCUCUCUAUUCUACUCAUCUUCGGACUGCGGAAGUAGGAUCGGCGCCAGCCCUCUCCGACUCGGCGACUGCGUCGACUCAGGCGUCGCCGCUGCCCGCUCGUAGGGCGUGCUGCCCCCCGACGGCGAUGCCAUCGACGCGAGGCCACCACGUCGCUGGCACCGUCCCAUUGGAUAUUCUUCUGGACGGUGGACUUGGUACCGAGUCAGCUGCGGCCGGCUCCUGCCUGCGGCCUGGAGUAGACUCCCAGGUAGAGCCAUAGACGGAAUAUAGUAGGAGUACGGCUGGCAGCACGCCCCAGCCAGAGAGUAC